CGUUUAAACUACGUUUUAAAGCAGUUUUCCCCGGAUUGCUGUUUUUGCUAUAACUAUAAUAAAGUAAUUGUGUAAGUUAUGCCGCCAUUUUUAAUGAUUUGAUUUUUUUUAUUGAAAAACAUGAUGACGUAAAACGCAAAUAACAUUACCAAGCCUCUGCUCGGCGCACACGGCUUGUUGUCUUCCUUGCUGGGAGUGUUGGACGGUUGCUAGCUGGCUAGCGGGCUAGCAGCGAAUGACAGGGCGAAUUUUUCCUUUUGACAAAUGCUUUCAAGGGAGGACACAUCGAUAAAAACGUGUUUAUAGCCAGCCGGGUAUGUUAUCGCGGAAGUCGUAGCUGAUCGGCUAACCUUCGCUGAAUCCUGUCGCGGCGGUGGUUGUUUUUGUUUCUCUCUCUCUCUCUUGGCCGAGACUCAAGUGAUCACCUAGCUAAGCAGAGCCAUCAAGUUCAGCCCGCGUCCAGCCAAAGGAGGAUGAACUGGAUUUUCCCCUUAUCCAAGGGUUCUGGACCGCUUCCACCUCUGAAUAGUUUGCAGCAGCAGCGGCAGAGACAGAUAGACUCUCUCAAGUCUGCGCACUCCAACAUAGCCGAGAUUCAGAAGAAUGUGGAGUACAGAAUUCCCUUCACAGUCAACAACACAACUGUCAGCGUUAACAUUUUACUUCCACCCCAGUUUCCCCAGGAGAAGCCAGCGGUCAGCAUCUACCCACCUGUUGCCCACCAUUUAGUCGACAGUCACAAUGGCACGAUGGUCACCAGCCCCCUCAUAACCAAUUUUGGAAUGCACUCGGAUUUGGGGAAGGUCAUACAGAGUCUGCUGGAUGAGUUCUGGAAGAAUCCGCCAGUCCUGAUCCCUGGUCCCGCCGGCUUUCCAUUCAUGUACAAACCGUCAGGAAUGCCCCCGUACCCUCCCCAGGGCUUCCACUUCCUGCCCGCGUUCCCGCCUCAGGACAGCCCCCGCCCCAUCGGCCCUGUCCCCAUGCCCCACCCGGGGACGGAGCCGCAUGCGCCCCCAAGGGCCGCGGCGCCCGCCUACGGCCUCAUCACAGACCUGCCUCUGCCCGUGCCCACGACAGACGCCCAGGCGGGGCUAAACGGCCACAUGUACAAGAUGCCUGAGAUUCCUGAGUCGUUUGCGGAGCUGUCUGAAAUGAGCAUGGCUCAGCUGAAGAACAUGAGCGACCAGGAGGACGUCCUGCUGGAGUUUUUCGUCAGUCUCCCGCAGCUGAAGCAGGUGUCUUCAGACAAGGAGGAGCUGGUCAACAGCAUCGUGGAAAUGGCCAAGAAGAAUCUGCAGCUGGAGCCCCAGUUGGAGGGAAGGAGACAGGAGAUGCUGUUCAAAUACGAGCAGCUGACACAGAUGAAGUCCUCCUUCGAGACGAAGAUGCAGAGACAGCAUGAAUUGAGCGAGAGCUGCAGCCUGAGCGCGCUGCAGGCCCGGCUGAAGGUGGCGGCGCACCAGGCGGAGGAGGAGUCGGAGGAGACGGCCGAGCACUUCCUGGAGGGAAAGACGGAGAUCGACGACUUCCUCACCAGCUUCAUGGAGAAGAGAACGCUUUGCCACUGCAGACGCGCUAAAGAGGAGAAGCUACAGCAGUCCAUCAACACCCACGGCCAGUUCCACACGCCCCACUAGGCCCCGCCUCCGCCCGGCCCUCAUUUCGUAAGGUUUGGAUCUGACCUACCAGCACAGCACCGCUAAAGAUGAAAGGAAAAGCACAUUUUCCCGAGGACGGAGGGGUGUGAAGUGGCACAGCGUGUCGUGAAUCUAACCACAUCAGAAUUAGCCAGAAGUGUUUUGAACUAAUUUCGGAAUACAAGUUGAGAUGGCGAGCGUUUUGGGAAAAGACCUCAAAAUUUACUUGAAUUCCAACCACGUCUAUGGUAAUGCUGCCGCAUACAUACGUACG